CCGACCUUUCAUCCCUCUCCCGCUCCCUCUCCACCCCCGUCUUUUUCUCUCCAUCUCCUUAUCUGUAUAACAAGACCACCUGUCGGAGGCCGUCUGCUCCUCGGUACUUGCCAGCUGGCCUGUCAUUUAAUUCUACCUUCUCUUCGUCGCUCCUCUCGUCUCUUCCAGCUCCCCGGAAUCCAGCUCCCGGAGCCUGUUUGAUUGAAUCCACGAACCUCCCUUGAACCACCCGGCAUAUAAUCUCCCAAGAUGGUUGCAGAGACCUUGGUCUACCACCCUGCUUUGGCGCACUACUUGCGCUUUGUCGCGACGACCGUUGGCCGUGACAAGAUCCUCCGCACCCUGCAGUACUUCUCGCGGUUCUACGCCUGGUACCUGUACCGCACCAACCGGCCGCAGGCCUCCAUCGACCCCUACAAUGCCGUGAAGAAGCAGUUCGGCACGACGCGCAAGAUCAUGCGCAUCGGCAAGUUCGUCGAGCACCUCAAGGCCGCCGCCAUCGCCGCCGACAACAAGAGCCCCGUCGACCCCGUCCUCCGCUACCUGGCCGUCGGUCGCCAGCUCGGAUAUGCCGGCUACCUGACCCUGGACAGCAUCACGGUCAUCGACGCGAUCGGCGUCCGCAAGCUCGCCGCCGCCAAGCGCCUGCAGGAUAACGCCUACCGGUCCUGGAUGGCCGGGCUGGUCUGCAGCGCCAUCGCCAGCGUCUACACGAUCUGGCGACUGCAGGAGAAGGCCAAGACCAUCGACCGCAAGGAGGGCGAGGGCGUCGUGGAGGCGAAGAAGCUGGAGAAGGAGCGCUCGACCGCUCGCACCCAGCUCAUCUCGGACGUCUGCGACUUGGCCGCCCCCGUCUCCGCUCUGGGACUCGCCCAGCUUGACGACGGCAUUGUCGGUAUCGCCGGUACGAUCAGCAGUUUGAUCGGCGUGGUGUCGCAGUGGAAGAAGACCGCAUAGAGUGGCAGUACGGAGUGAGACCGACAUCAAACGACCCGGAUGACGAUCUAUGCCGGUUUGUACAUUACAAGGGUUCCGUGGUCGAGUUGAUGAUUGAUGGCCGACAGUUGAAACGAGUGACUGAGAAAAAAGGGAGUGGACGUGAAACAAGAUCAGGGUAGAACCUCGACGGGUUUAUCCCUGAUGGUGGUGCCUUAACAUAAGAUAGUGGCAGGUUUAAUCUUUUCAUUUCUUUCUAUGAAUAUAUUCACGAGAUAAUCAUGGGAAUGGUGCAUGUUCUAGGGUAGUUUUGAGAAUUGACAUUACAUUAUAGCAGCUCCUUC